UCAACACAGCGAUUGGGACACCAUGACCCCCCACACGUUGGCUCUGUGCCUCUUUUGGCUGUACCUGGGCAGUUCAGCUCAGAAGACUGGUCACAAGUCAUCCAGAUACGUGAAUCAAAAAGGUGGUCUUUAUUCAGCUGAUGUUGGGGGCAGCGUGACUUUACGGUGUUUCUACGAAGGUGAUGCUGUGAUGUUUUACUGGUAUAAACAAACCCUGGGACAAAAGCCAACGAUCCUCUCCACCUUCUAUAAACACGAACAAAAGGGCAUCUUUCGUAACGAAUUCAGGAACAGUUCACGUUUCACGCUUGAUACGGGAAAUGGUAAAAAUCACCUAACAAUCUCUGACUUGCAUACAUCAGACUCGGCUACUUACUACUGCAUCGGUGUCUUUUUAAACGAUUUUGAAUUUGGAGAGGGCGCCAUGGUCAGUGUGAAGGGUUCAGGUUUGAACCUCCAAGCUUUAGUCCAUCAUUCAGACCCUGAGACCGUCCAGCCAGUGGUCUCCAUGACUCUGAAGUGUACAGUCCUCACUAGGAGCUGUGACGGAGAACACAGUGUCUAUUGGUUCAAAAAAGAAGAAGAAUCCCAUCCGGGACUCAUCUACACCAGUGGAGGCACAAAUGAUCAGUGUAACAGAACAACCAACAUACAAACGCACACCUGUAUCUACAACGUGCCGAUGAAUAACUCGAAUCAGCCAGACACCGACUCUUGUGCAGUUGCCUCAUGUGGACACAUAUUAUUUGGAAACAAGGAAAAGUACAAUGAAGAGCAUAAGGCUGAACCUCUUACCCUGGUGUAUUUCUUGAGUGGAGGUUUGGCAUUUAACAUCAUCCUGAUAGUUUCACUGGGACACGCAGUAUAUAAAACCAGAAAAAUCUACCAAUGUAAAGGCUCUAAAGCCACAUCUACAGCUGCCUGCAAUCCAAAUGCAGAAGGUUGCCAAGAUUCAGACAGCCUCCAUUAUGCUGCUUUAAGAGGAUACAAGGUCAAAAGACCUGCAAGGCAGAGAGACAACACCGCAAGCGAAUGCGUCUACUCCGGUGUCAAGCAGUAAAGCGGGACUUUCCAUUUUUAUCAUGUUAUUGGGUAAGAAGAAAAAAAAUGUAUCCACUGUAGACCACUGCACAUUUUCUGAACCAACGCUGUCAUAUUUCACUUAAUAAAAAUGUUAUUUCA